AAUCAUGAAACCCCCUCCCAUUUUUUUCUGCGGCAGUCAUUUUCUCACCCUCCAUAAAUCCAAUAACUCGUCACCUUAUAAUUAUAUUCUUCCAAUCAUUUAUUUUAUUUCACAAACCCCUCCAAAAAAAUAUACAAAACAUAACUAUGAGCGCGAUACCAAAACAUGUAUCCUCCAUGGCUCCUCGCAGUAUGCCAACAGGACAACGCAACGUUGUCAGAUCCAACGAUUCGGCCUCAUUAUGGAACUGUACCCUUUCCCCAGGAUGGAGUCUGGACGAAGUCCAAGUUUUGCGCAAAGCCUUAAUGAAAUUUGGUGUUGGAAACUGGAUGAAAAUCAUAGAAUCUGAAUGCCUCCCAGGAAAAACCAUCGCCCAAAUGAACCUACAGACACAGAGAAUGUUAGGGCAACAGAGCACGGCUGAGUUUAAUGGCUUACAUAUUGAUGCGUUUGAGGUUGGCGAGCUUAAUUCGAAAAAGCAGGGUGCGGAUAUUAAGCGCAAGAAUAAUAGUAUUGUUAAUACCGGUGGCAAGCUGACCAGGGAUGAGGUUGAGAAGAGGAGGAAUAUGCAUAGGGAGGCAUUCGAGGUGGCAGAGGAGGUGUGGACAAGCAUUGUGUUGCUCAAGCUGGAUAACCCGUUGCUUCUGCUGGACAGGAAGCGUGAGGAGCUUAAGGGGUUGAAGGCUGAGCUGCAGGAUGUGCUUGAUCAGAUAUUGGCUUUGGAGAAUAGCCGGGAUGAUGACAAGGACGACAGUCAAAAUACCUUCUUGGGUUCGGGUUCAAAGCGCCAGCGUGAAUAGAAAAUUUUUGGCAUCUGCUAAUUUAUAAAUAUCAAAAGUACAUAUGC